UUGUCAGAGGAUCAUAUGAAUACAAAAUCAGAAGGAGGAUAUAAGACAGACAGCAAGGACAACAGUACUUCCCACCGGGGUGGCUAUUGCCAUGGCGCGGUGGUCCAUGCCCUGCAGCAAUGUGGCGUUCGUCACAUUGACACAGCAAAGAGGUAUGGCUGUGAACACCUCCUCCAGAGGGCCAUCAGAGACAGUGGUGUGAAGAGAGAGGACCUCUGGAUAACCACCAAGCUGUGGCACAGUGAUUAUGGCUAUGACAACACAAAAAAGGCCUGCUUGGAGUCAUGUGAAAGACUCGGUGUGGAAUAUCUUGAUCUUUAUUUGAUUCACUGGCCUGAUGCACAGGUUCCAGGUAAAAGCAAUCGAGAGGUCCGAGCUGAAACCUGGAGAGCCAUGGAAGAGCUCUAUGAAAAAGGUUUAUGUAAAUCAAUUGGCGUAAGCAAUUUUCUUAUCAGCCAUCUUGAGCAACUAAAGGAGGACUGUGUGAUUACUCCACAUGUUAAUCAGGUUGAAUACCACCCUUUCCAAAGACCUCAGGAGCUGGUUGAUUAUUGUAGGAGCAGAAAUAUUGUUUUUGAAGGCUACUGUCCUUUAGCCAAAGGUGAAGCACUCACCCAUCCUACUGUCAUUCAGCUGGCAAAGAAGUAUGGCAGAACUCCAGCACAGAUUUGCAUACGCUGGAGCAUACAGAAUGGGAUUGUCACUAUUCCAAAGUCAACAAAGGCAGAAUGGAUAGAGGAAAACUGCAAGGUGUUUGAUUUUACAAUAACAGAAGAUGAUGUUGAAAUUCUGAAUGGAAUGCAUGAUGGGAGACAUGUUUCCUGGGAUCCAAGUUUUAUUGUGUGAAUCAAGAUUUCCUUUCAUGACCCAGCACUUCAUAGAGGAAUGACUCCCUUUGUGACUAAGUUGCAUCAGGAUGAAUAAAAGUAGUUUUUGCUUAUAUGGACAAAGACUUUUGAAAAAUGCAGAAGAAUGACGUGUUGGAGAAAAAUCCUUUGCUAAUCUCUCUCACAGGGAUUGUCACUAUCUUUUCAAGAUGGAUAGUGUUCAGACACUCCUCUGAUGCAAUUGUGAGUUGUCCAGCUGCACUGGGAGAGUUUGGUCUGGUGCUGUCAGAGGCCACCAGUCUUUUGAUAUGCAGGCAUUGGGUGGACCCCAGCUUACAACUUCUUUUCUGACAAGAUCAAAGCAUUUUCCUGCAAGGAAAUUGCUCUGUGACUAGCCAGGUUUCUGCAAUCCCUACCACACUAAGCUGUCACUGGAAGUUCCACAAAAACUUUGGCUGCCACACAGUAUUAGUUUGUUGUUCAUGACAUUCCCUAAAAUGGGAGUUUCUGCUCAUCCUGAAAGCUACGUAAGAGCAUUUACAUACUCAGAUCCCAGUGAAAAAUGUGUCUGUCUCUUGAUGCUAGUAGACAUGGUGCAGAACAUUUUUUUUAACCAGUUUAGCCAGGUGAGGCAUCUGUUUUGUGUCAGUUUGGUGUCCUGAUAUGUGCAGCCUUCCUGCUGGCAUUUGACAGAGACCUGCACUCUGGUUAUUUCUGAAAUGCAUGAGUAACACUGUGUUGUUCUUUCUCCUUUUUCUGA